CUGCUGCUCGCUAUAAAUAUUUAGAAACUGGAGGCUCUCUUGCUCAGUUCGUUCAAAGAAAGCAGCCUGAAAAGCAUUCUUUCUCAGAGAGUUCGAGGGAGAGAGAGAGUGAAGCGCAAGGGGGAGAAAACAUGGGAACGAAUGUUUCGAGAAGAUGUGAAAGAUUCAGACUCUUGUUUUUCCUUCUCCCAAGCUAAUGGCAAACUCCAAUCUAUGCGGAUUUCUGUCAUCUAAAGAUUCAUUGCCGUUUGCUGCAGCAAGGAAGGUAAGGGUUUCAUGUUGCUGUGCUGUGCUGAGACGAAGCCCAAGUGCCUGUGGAAUAGGAAAUAGCCAACCCUGAGCUGCCGUACACAAGCACAGACAGAACAGAGGCUUCAGACUGGUGUGCGCGUGUGUGAGAGCGAGCGAGCGAGUCAGCGAGCGAGAGAGAGAGAGAGGGAGAGGGAGAGGGGGCAAGAAAACCAACAAAACAAGACGAGGGGAGGAGGUAAUGCUACGAAAGAUAAAGGCAAAGUAAAGAAACUGAGGAAGGAGAAGACACAAUUAAGCUUUUAGGGGUGGAAAACAAGGGAGACAAUUUGAGGAACAGUGACAGCCACACAAGGACAUGAAUAAAACGUGCUGCAACAAUGUGGACAUGGACCUCUGCGUCCCAAACGCCUCGGCUAACGGCUCUGCUCUGCUGGAAAACUGGAGCCGCUUUUGCAACAGCUCCGCCGACCUGUUGAAGCGGAACGAGACGGUGGCCAAGGUGGAGGUGACGCUGCUGGCGGUGAUCCUGAUCCUGGCCUUGACGGGCAACAUCGCAGUGCUUUUGGCCAUCCAUUCCAAUCGCCACAAGCCGUCGCGCAUGUACUUCUUCGUCAAGCACCUGAGCAUCGCUGACCUGGUGGUGGCUGUCUUUCAAGUCCUGCCCCAGCUCAUCUGGGAGAUCACCUUCAGGUUCCAUGGACCGGAUUUCCUCUGUAGGAUUGUCAAAUACCUCCAAAUUGUCGGCAUGUUUGCCUCCACUUACCUGCUGAUUGUCAUGUCCAUCGACAGGUGCCUGACUAUCUGUCAGCCCCUGAAGUCCUUACAUCAACGGUCGAACAGCAUGUAUGUCAUCUCCUCCUGGGUGAUCAGUCUUGCGUUCAGCAUCCCCCAAAUCUUCAUCUUCUCUUUUAGGGAAGUGGGGCCUGAGGUGUACGAUUGCUGGGCGGAUUUCAUUCAGCCCUGGGGAGCCAAAGCUUACAUUACCUGGAUCACCGUCUCGGUCUACAUCAUCCCGGUGCUGAUCCUGACGGUUUGCUACGGGCUGAUCAGCUUCAAGAUCUGGCAGAAUGUGAAGCUGAAGACGAGGAGGGAAACUAAGACACCACAGGGGGGUUCCAUGCUGGCCAGAGUCAGCAGCAUCAAAAUCAUCUCCCGAGCCAAAAUCAGGACCGUCAAGAUGACAUUCGUUAUAGUUCUGGCUUAUAUCAUCUGCUGGACACCUUUUUUCUACGUGCAGAUGUGGACAGCCUGGGACCCGCAUGCACCCAAAGAAGAUUUGCCAUUCGUCCUGGCCAUGUUGCUCGCGAGCCUGAACAGUUGCUGCAACCCCUGGAUCUACAUGUUCUUCACUGGACGUCUCUUCCAGGACCUGAUGCACCGUUUUCUCUGCUGUUCCCUGUUGCUCGCUAAGCCGGAGCCCGCCAGUGGCGAGAUCACCUACAGCAAGAAGAGCAACUCGUCCACCUUUGCUCUCAGCCUCAAGAGCUCUGGGAGUCAGAAGAGCAUCGCAGUGCAACAACAGCAAGAGUAACCUGAGCUUAGUUGGUUCCCUGUGCCAGGGGCUGACUGCACCACUUGACAUUUUAUUCUUUCACGUUUCCGUGCCCGUCUCUGUUUUGUAGCAAUGCUUUUACCGACUGUAAGCCACGAGUUAACGAUUCCUUUACAAAUAAACCUCUUAUC